AAUGAUGGAAGUGAGGGGCAUACAGAAUCUUUUUGCUAAGGUUACAGCAGCAUUAAAAUUCUUUCUGUGCCUCAUUGUGAGCUUUCUGAUGGUGUGAGGCUGCGGCAGCCUCGUAACUGCACGGGAGGGAUGGUCUCGUCUGUGCAUUGCUGGAACACCUAUCUCUGUAGUGUCUAAUUGCUAAAGUGCUCAGUCCCAAAUUUCAAUUAUCUUUUGAUGAACCUGGUGACGUGGAUGGCUUUUGAAUCUGUUGAAUAUAGAUUGAAGUAAUUAUAUGAAUAAUGAAGAGAAGUAAUUUAAUUUGGAAACUCCUUUUCAAUUCUAUAGCUAGAAUUGGGUGGUCCUGUUUCCUCCUCCUCUGUGAAGAAGAGAUGUUGCCAUCAACAUAUCCUUUUCGUCUUCUAGUGUAGCUUAAAGAAAAAGACAUGAUCCCCUCAAACUGUGGAAGUGUAUGAGGACAGAAAUACCCGUGGAAAGGAAGAAAGAGCUGGAACUGGGCAGUGGAGGGUCAAAACCAAUACCUCAGAUUGUCCUCUGUGUUUGGAAGAUGGUCUGAACAGGUCCCUCUGUGCUGCUUCCCCACCUGCCUUUUUGAAACCAGCUCCUGAAUUCAGCAUCGGUGCCUGAUCUGAAGAACGUUCAAACCUUCAGCUCUUGACAGGGGCACAUCAGGGAGUUUUCUUCUCCAUUUUAUAACUCCUGGGACUUGAUACACGUUUCCAAGCUCUUUCUGAAGUAUUUUUACUUGAGCAGUAUCUAGACCCUUCAGCUCUAGUGAGCUGGGCUUUGUGGAAGCGGAGUGGAGACCACAGUGAGAGGAGCCCAGGAGCUUCUGGUGCCAUGGAGCUUCCUGGUUACAGCAGGCAGCUGCUGCAGCAGCUCUGUGCUCUCUGCAAGGAGCAGCAGUUCUGUGAUUGCACCAUCUUCAUUGGGAACAUUCAUUUUAGAGCACACAAGGUGGUUUUGGCUGCUGCCAGCCUGCUUUUUAAAUCCCUAUUGGACAGCACAGACACCAUCUCCAUUGAUGCUUCCGUGGUGACCCCGGAGGAGUUUGGGCUCUUGUUGGAGAUGAUGUACAGUGGUAAACUCCCACUGGGGAAACACAAUUUCACCAAAAUAAUCUCUGUGGCAGAUAGUCUGCAGAUGUUUGAUGUGGCUGUUAGUUGCAAAAACCUCCUCAGGGACCUCAUCAGCUGUUCGGCUCAGGACCCGGUGGUGAGAGGAGUCUCCAGCCAGGCAGCAGACUCAUCAGGAAACCAUGCUGAAGCUGAUCAUCCGCCUCAGUCUGAAAAACCUGCUGAAGGAAGAACAGAUACCCUCAUCCCUCAGAGAGUUUCCCCUUCUCCUGUCACUGUAGAAGCAGAAAUGGAAGCAGAUGUUUCUCCUCCUGGUCAGGAACUUGCCAUGAAUCACACCUGGGUUCUGCAGGAUGCGAUGCCGAGUGACUCCACGUCCCUGCGGGAGGAUUCAGGCUCUCGCCCUGCUCAGCCUGAGCAGGAUGGCAGUGCUGAAGGGGAGCUUGCUGAGCCUCCAGAGGAGAAAGAAGGAGCCAGGGAUUUAGCAGCAGAGAGCAAAAGCUGUAAACUGGAUUUCUUUCUUCAAUAUGAAAGUGUUUUCUCUGAGGCCCUUUCUGAUGCCCGAGCUGUGUUGAAAAGACUAGAAGAGUGCAGAGAAAUUGGUGCCUCUCAAAAGGAGAGCCCUUCAUGUCCACGUCUCUCUGUUCAGCAGGAAAAACGCCGUGAGCGGGCUGUGGCUGCCUGUCUGGCAGAGCCAGGGGAACAGUCAGUGUUCAAGAAGCUGCUGAGCCGAGUGAAGGAUGCUCAGCCCCUGGAUGCUCAGCCCCUGGAUGCUCAGACCCUUGUGUCUCUGCUGAAGCUGUUUCAAGAUGUGAACCCCAAGUUGGAGGCAGCUUUGCUGGAGAGAGAAGGGGGCAGAGGAGAAGCCCAGCAGCAAACAGAGAGCACAGACGAGGGAGAAACGCUGACCGCUCGCUUGCUGGGACACAGGGAGGAGCUGAUCCAGACUGUGACACAGCUGAGCCCCAUCGUAGAGUUCCUGGAGGCGGCAGAAGAGGGAUUCCUGUCUGCCUCGGAGAAGCGGGUGGUUUUGGAUUGCUGCGGAGGCGGCUCUCAGGGGGAGGCCAUAGACACUCUGCUCAGGAAGGUGCAUGAAGAGAAAACCCUGAAAGUGGAAAGUUUGGUCAAACUUCUUGGGGCUGUGAAAGCAUCAUUCCCUGGUCUCCACCUGCUGCUGGACAACUUAGUGACAACAGCAAAUGUCUCUGAUGGCAAAGCCAAGUGGACCCCAGAGGAUUAUGGAGCCAAACUGUUGAGACGAUACCGAGAAACCUUAGUGGAGCUCCUCACGGACACCCAGACACUGCUGCAGGGCAUCUCUGCUGCACAGAGCCUGGCUCCUGCUGAGAGAGACGCAAUGGAGCAGGCUGUGAAGCACGGGGGCGGUUUUGCCUCCCUGGUGUGGGCGGUGCUGGAGGAGCGGUCUCUGUCGGCCUCUGCUCUGUGGCAGCUGCUGGUGGCUCUGCAGGAACCGGCCCUGCUCAGCCCGCUCAUGGAGGACAUCCGGAAACAACCCGGUGCAGAGUUUUUCUUCCAAGCAGUGGCCACCAGCGAGAGCAUGGCCAUUGAGAUCAUCCUGCGGCACAGCAAGCUGAUCUCGGAGGCCAUCCAGCAGAGAGCAGACCUGGUGGGCUUGGCCCCGGUGGAGAUGGGACUCACAGAAGCAGUAAAAGAGCUACUGAGUAUUUCUGCUCAGAAGGGAAGUUCAGAGGCCUCCUUGAAAGCAGCUCUGAGCACAGCCCAAGAGAAGUCUGUCCCGGCCAUCAAGAUCUGUCAGCUGCUGUGUAGAGUCCACGAGUCCUUCCCGGACCUGCAGCCAGUGAUGCAGGAGCUGGGGCAUCUGGGAGGAUUCUCGGGGGUGACCUCUGGAUCCAGGCACUGGAGUGGGCUUUUCCCUGCUGGUCUCUUGACUGAGGGAACUGGGGAGAAACCUGGGAUCAGGAAGUGGAAGGUGAACAGUGAAUCCCAAGUUGAAGCUCUGGACAAAGAUGAAGACAAGACGGGAGGUGCUGGUGCCAAGGACCUGAAGGAACACCAGGAAAAAGCUUCUUCCAAGAAGAGUUUUGUCUGCAAGGCCUGCGAUAAGACCUUUCACUUCUACUGCCGCCUGAAGGUGCACAUGAAACGCUGUCGGGUGGCCAGAGGGAAGCAAAUCCAGUGCAAGGAGUGCAGUGAGGUCAAAUCCACAAAGAAGGAGCUGGAGAAGCAUCAGCUGGAGGUCCACGGGAUGCUGGGGGCAGCCAAAAAGAAGAAGAAGCGGCUCCCCGUGGCAUGCGACAUCUGUGGCCGAGAGUUUGCUCAUGCCUCAGGGAUGCAGUACCACAAACUGACGGAGCACUUUGACGAGAAGCCCUUCUCCUGCCAGGAGUGCGGGGCCAAGUUUGCGGCCAACUCCACACUGAAGAACCACCUGCGGCUGCACACGGGGGACCGGCCCUUCAUGUGCAAGCAUUGCCUGAUGACCUUCAUGCAGGCCUCGGCCCUCGCCUACCACACCAAGAAGAAGCAUGCUGAGGGGAAGAUGUACGCCUGCCAGUACUGCCAUGCGGUGUUCGCCCAGUCCAUUGAGCUGUCGCGCCACGUCCGGACCCACACGGGGGACAAGCCCUACGUCUGCCGGGAGUGCGGGAAAGGCUUUCGCCAGGCCAACGGGCUCUCCAUCCACCUCCGUACCCUCCACAACAUCGAAGAUCCCUACGACUGCAAGAAGUGCCGGAUGAGCUUUGCCACCCUGCAGGAGCACCGCAGGCACGUCCACGAAGCCCACUCCCGGGAGUACCACCCCUGCCCUACCUGCCCCAAGGUCUUCAGCGCCCCGUCGCUCCUGGAGCGCCAUGUGGUGACCCACAUUGGAGGAAAGCCCUUCAGCUGUGAGAUCUGUGGCAAAGCCUACCAGCAGUUGUCAGGGUUAUGGUAUCACAACCGGACCCACCACCCUGAUGUCUUUGCAGCUCAGAAUCACCGCUCCUCCAAGUUCUCCUCCCUGCAGUGCAGCUCCUGUGACAAAACCUUCUCCAGCACUGCUGCUCACCGAAAGCAUGUCAAGGCAGAGCACACAGAUGUGAAGUUCCACAAGUGUGAGAUGUGCAAGGAGCUCUUCCCCACGCUGGCUCUCCUGCAGGUCCACGUGAAGUGCAGGCACUCAGGGGCCCUGCAGAGCCACGUUGCCACCGAGCACUUCAAGCAGACAGAGAGCACCUUCCCCUGUGAGCUCUGUGGGGAGCUCUUCCCCUCCCAGGGUGAGCUGGAGGGUCACUGCAGCGCUGAGCAUCCCAAGAUGGUCUUCUCCCAAGCCACCACAACCCAGAUUGUGCAGGUAAUUCAGACAUUGGAGCAAGGAGACGCAGAGCACAUCAUCUCUUUUGAUGAGGCCCAACUCGCUGGCUCCCAAGUCUUUGUGACGUUGCCGGAAUCCCAGAUGAGCCAAGCUGGCUCCGAGCUGGUGGCAGUGACCAUGGAGGACUUGUUUGAUGACAAAGUCACUCUGAUUUGUGAAGAAACCAAGUGAGAGUGAGCAGCGGGUGCCCACGCAGUGCUCCCGGUAUCUACUAGACUCGUUCAGGAGCUGUACGUGCUGCUCCAGAGGGACACUCAGGGUUUCUUUGGGAAAACAGCCCUGGCUACGUGACACUGCAAAUGAAAUGGCCUCCAGUAAGCACAGCAUGGCCAAGGACAGGAGCCAAGGACAGGAGAGGUCUGUAGACAUUAACAGGGAACUGGGAACUCUCCCUGCAGUCAGCAGCUCAGGUGAGCUGGACCACCCAACCUUCCUGGCUCAAGAGAAAUAAAGCAGCAAAGGAAAA